AUGACAGAUUACUGGGUGAGCUCAAAGAAGCAUUACUGCGAAACGUGCAACUGCUGGUUAUCUGGUCACAAGGUGAACAUAAAAAAUCAUGAAAAAAGUGCAAGGCAUAUCGAAAAUUUAAAGAAAGUGAUCAGCGAAUCGUUUAAGAGGAAGGAGCAGGAAACGAAAGAGAAAGAGUUGCUCGAAAGGGAAUUAAAAAAAUUAGAAAAUGUGGAAAAGAAAUUGCUAUCUGAUUUGAAUAAAAAUGAGACAUCCCCUCAUCGGAGCGAUAACAUCCUUUUGAAUGCUUCGAAUGCACACUCCAACAGCAGAAGUGGUUAUCGAAGCAGCAACAGUAAUAAUGAACGAAUUAACGCAAGUAAUAUCGCCUUUAAUAGUAUCCAAAGUAGCUGUAAAAAGUGGGUUCCAAUGAUACAUGAAGAUACAGGUUCUUUAGUAUUCUUUAAUAGACUGAAGAAUGAAAUUGUGUAUGAAAAACCAAAAGAUUUUUUCGAAGAAUUGUCGGAACAUGAAUCAUUUGUGGAGCAAAAUGGAUGGUACAAAUACUUUGAUUAUAACUCUCAAAAUUUUUACUACUUCAAUAUUUAUAGCUCGAAAAGUGUAUGGCAAUAUUCACGCAACAGGAUAAUGAGUUUGAUGGACUUUAUCAGUAGAUGUGAACAGGCUGCACAGCAUAAUAUAAAUCCCGGCAAUAAUGCACAAGCUGCAAGUCUGAUUGUGGAUACCGGCCCCGCGGAAAAUCAGCAUCAUCCACAUUUGAGUGGACCCCCAUAUUACGUGAAUUACGCGCAAAUGUUUAGCACACAGAAUUACAAUGUUUAUGACACCUACAAUACGUUAAUGAAUUCGGCAAACACCGAGCUGCAGGUGGCUGAAAACACAAAAGAAGAGUUAAUUCAACAAAGUAGUGACAGCGGCGGUCGUAAUAUUCUUGCUGGUGAUGGAAAUCAUGUGAAAAACAGUAUGCAUUGUGGUAAAUUAGAUGAUGCAUCUGCAGGGAAGUGUGCCGAUGGGGUUGGCGAAAAUGGAGAAAGAAAUGCAAAAGAAACGAAGGCUCGAGGAGGUGAUACGAGUCCAGGGGUCAGCAAUGCAAUGGAGGAAGAAAAUCGAAAGGAGAAGCUUCCAUAUGAAAUGGGCGAAAACGCAUUUAAAAAAAGUAGUGCACAUUAUGAAGAGAAGAAUAAGAAGGCGAACAUUUCUUUAUCGUUUAAGAAGGUUGAAAGCGAAGGUACACUUCCGCAUGGCACGAAGGAGCAGAAGGAAAAAGGUAAGAUGGGCGGAGAGGACUCCAAUGUGGAAAGCAGUAACGUACAACAGGACGAGAGUGCUAAACCUGGCAUAUGGGAAGUGGUGGAGAAUAAUGAUGUAGAGACAAUUUCAAAUGAACAUAUUGAACAAAUUUUUUACAACGUUAAAUCGAAGCAGCAAAUUGAAAAGGAAAAAAUUGCACAGCUAGAGGAAGAUAUUCGUUACGAAUAUUCUGAAUAUAAUGAAUUUUAUAUAAAAAAAAAAGAAUUAGAAAAUGAAGAAAUAUAUUUAAACCAAGAAUUCAAAUUCGUGGACAAACCUAUAUAUAAGAAAGUCAUUGAUAAGAAUCGUGACAAAAAGGUGGAUUUUGCCAAACGCAGCAUUAAGGGAAUGAAGAAUAAAAAAAAAAUUACAUAG